CUUCAUUCUAGUGAUAACAGAUUUCACCCUGCUUUCAACAUUCUCACAUCUGUCAACUCAAUCCAAAUGUCUACUCCAGUUCAAUCUUCAUUGGCCGACCUCAAGGCAUCCACUGCUCAACUUGUGGGCAUCAUUGCCGGCGCCUGGCAUGUCCCGGCCGGCUCAGUGCACGUCCACAUUGCUCUGGCAAGGCAGGUCACCAAUUGGUUGGCUGACAUCAUCCGGGUGCAUGAGAAAGGGGAUUACAUCCCUGGCAUUGUGGCUUCCUGUUCUAAGGAGCUGAUGAGGGUGCGUUCCAUGACUCCCCAGGUGUUGCCCAACUGGCACAGCAUUGGCCAUGAUGAUCCCCGGGUGGCUAGACACGCCUGGCGCAAGCAGGUCCGUGCCUGGGAGGCGUUGGGUGACAAUUCCUGUGAUCUCCCUGUUGUUUCUAAUCCUUCCACUGGCCCACUGACUGUCAAUCUUCCGUCUCCACCUGUCCCUUCCCCCGCACCUGUCCCUUCCCCCGCCACUGUCAUUCACUCCCCUCCCGUCGUCGCCGGCAAUGUCGCCGGACCUUCCGGCAAGAUGACCUCCGAGUUCCGGGACAAAGGAAAAGGUAAGGCCAUUUCUGUUGACUUGGAGCCGGAAGUCGGAGGGAGCAACAAGAGGAAGUCCCCCAUGAUUUCUGGACACUCCUCCCAACCUCCGAAGUCGGCGAUGAAGGGUCACAAGCGUGUCAAGUCAACUGGACCCCCCAAGUCAAAGCUGUUUGUGGAGUCGAAAGAUGAUGAAGACCCAAUUGUUCAGCCGAUUUCACGUGGAGUGCCGGAGGUCGUCCUUCCCCAGCUCUCCACCAUUGUUGUAAGGAAGCCCCAGUUGCCUCGUUCACCUGGUUCCCCCAAGAAGCAAUCAUUUGGGCCUGCUUCGGAAUCUCCCAUCAGUCGUCCAGAGGCUCGGGCAACCUCCGGCAGUCGUCCGGAAGUUGAGGAGUCCACUGGUGAUACUUCCAGCGCUUCGGACGGUGACCCUCCGGCCACUACCACAUUUGAUAUCACCAUUCCCGGCCCAAACAACCCCUGCCAUUAUUGCGUCAAGGAGAAUUGGCCCUGUGCGACUCGUUUGGACAAGAGGUCCAGCCUCCCCUGCUUGUCUUGCAUCCACUGCUCCACCAAGAAGAUCAAAUGCAACCCGGCAUCUCUGGGAUCCCCGCCCAAACGGACCCGAGGGAAGUCUACCACGGGACGGACGUGUUCUAAGACACCUGCCCCUGCUCCAUCCACUGCUCCGUCUCCCUCCCGGUCAAGGGCCCGGACUCGUAGUCAAUCUCGUGGCCCAUCCCGAACUCCGGCCAUCCCUGCUGCAAGUACACCCCAGGUGCAGUCACGUGGUCGCAGCAAGACCAUCACUACCAAGAAGACACCUGCACCUGCACCUGCACCUGCACCUGCGCCAGCUCCUCGCAUCGCUAUUCUUGAGGCUCGGGUGCAGGAGCAGGAUGCUAAGAUUGAUACCCUGCAACGCCUCCAUGAGAGCCCCCGGCACACGAUGGUCGACCCGCACCCUUCAUUUUCACUUCCGGACACACCGGCCGAUGCAACAAUCUUGCUUGAUCAAUCUGUCAUGGAACCCACACCCUUGAUGGUUGAGGAUGGAUCUGCUAUGGUAGGUCUCAUGGUUGAGCCCACCCAAGUUCAGCCUGAGGGUCCACAAUCCUCCGGCGAAAUUGUGCUCCCGGAUGAACCAGGCAACCUCUUGCCAGAAUCCUCCGGCAAUAUUGUGGUCCCUAAUGAACCAGGUAACCUCCUGCCAGAAUAUGAUUCCUCUGAUGAGGAUAUGGAUGUUGAGGGGAAGGUUGAUCUUCCUGGUGAGGAGGUUGCAAUGGCUACAUAAUUGCUCAGUGAUAGAUGUACAUAAAUCUUUUUCAAUGCAUGUUACCUAUCCCACAAUUGAAUGAUUCAAUAAUCAGUCCC